UGAUAAUAAUUUAAUAUUAGUCCCUUAAGAGAUCGCAUUAAGUUAAGUAAAGUACGUAAAAAAAAAGUAAUAAAAUUAUUAAAAAAGAUAAUGCGUUUUCAGAGUAUGCUUAAAUUUGGCAACGGUGUGCGUAAUCAAUGCCGAAUGUAUAUGGCGUCCGGGUUGCCGGAAUUUACUCAGAAACAUUACAACGUUAAACGGAAUAAUUAUGCAAUUGUUGACGAUAAGGACGUAAAUUUUUUCGGUUCAUUGAUGGGUGCUCAAUAUGUUCUGCAAGAUGCUGGUACAGAUGAUUUGUUGUGUUAUAAUGUGGAUUUUUUGCGUAGCGUGCGAGGCAAUAGUAAGUUGGUUCUAAGACCCGGUACAACGCAAGAAAUUUCUGAAAUUUUAAAGUAUUGUAAUAAACGUCAUUUGGCUGUGUGCCCGCAGGGUGGUAAUACCGGUUUGGUGGGUGGGGCAGUACCCGUAUGCGAUGAAAUUAUUUUAUCGAUGGCUCGUCUAAAUAAAGUUCUUAAUAUUGAUGAAAUAACUGGUAUAGCAUCGUGUGAAGCCGCUUGUAUUUUGGAGAAUUUCGAUGCGAAAGCAAGAGAAAAAGGUUUGGUGGUACCGAUCGAUUUGGGUGCAAAAUCCAGUUGUCAUAUUGGCGGCAAUCUAUCGACAAACGCAGGCGGACUUCGGGUUUUACGUUAUGGAAAUUUACAUGGUUCCGUAUUGGGCGUGGAAGUUGUGCUGGCCAAUGGUACAAUAUUAGAUUUAAUGUCGAAUUUUAAAAAGGACAAUACUGGUUAUCAUCUCAAGCAUUUAUUUAUUGGUUCCGAAGGUACUCUCGGUAUUAUUACUAAACUGGCAAUACUCUGCCAAACUGUAUCGAGUUCAGUGCACGUUGCCUUCGUUGGCUUAAAUUCGUUUGAUAGUGUACUGAAAACCUUUUUAAAUGCUAAACGAUAUUUGGGUGAGAUUUUAUCUGCCUGUGAAUUAAUUGACGAGAGGUCACUUGAUGCUAGUGUCAAACAAUAUAAUUUAAAAUCGCCUAUUGAAAACUAUCCGUUCCAUAUGCUAAUCGAAACGUCUGGAAGUAAUGCCAUUCACGAUUCCGAGAAAUUGAAUUUCUUUUUAGAACACUGUAUGAAUAGCGGUGAUAUACUUAACGGUACAGUCACUAAUGAAGUGAAUAAAAUUCAGGAAAUCUGGAAAUUACGCGAACUAAUACCAACAGCAUUGAUCAGAGAUGGCUUCUGCUUCAAAUAUGAUAUAUCGUUGCCGUUACGCUCGUUCUACGAUAUUGUUCCGGUUUUGGAAGGACAUGUUGGUAAAUUGGCGAAACGUGUAUGCGGUUACGGUCACUUAGGGGACUCUAAUCUUCAUUUGAAUGUAUCUUGUGAGGAAUACUCAAGAGAGCUAUAUGAACGCAUCGAACCGUUUAUAUAUGAGCAUACGGCCAAGUUAAAGGGUAGCGUAAGCGCUGAGCAUGGUAUCGGCUUUACAAAGAAAAAUUAUUUAAAAUAUUCGAAAAGUUCCGAAGCCAUCACAAUGAUGCGUGAAGUAAAGAAAUUAUUGGACCCAAGUGGCAUAUUAAAUCCGUAUAAAGUUUUGAAUUGAAAAAUAUCUUGAGUU